AUGAAUCUCUUUAAGGAUGUUCUACCUAGAAUAAGGAAGAUUCUUUCAACUGAUAGAGCAUCUGAUAACAUCAGGCUGAAAGAAGAUGUGAUAUCCAAGGAAUACCAUCAAGCCUUGCUCCAUGGAAAAGACAGAGGGGACCUCGCAAGGAAGAUAUCUCUGAUAUUUGUGGAAAAAUGGGACCUGUGCUUGAACACUUUGGUUCCCCUCUGUUGUUUAAACCUCCAUGUCAGUAAGCCUCAAAACAUGACAGAUAAUGAGCCAACAGGAAGAAAUUACAUUUCUGACAUCAGGAGACAAAUCAUGGAUUCGACAUUUCUGUCUGAAAAUGGCUACCUUGAUUUGCUGCAUAGUGAUAUCGAUCCAUUGCAUCUGUAUACUCAACUUGAUCUUAAGUUAUCUGGAAAUGAAGAAGGUGACUUCUUUGCAGAUUCUGAAGUUGAUGCCAGCGACUAUGAUCAGUUCAAUAUGGAUUUCUUGUAUACAAUGGAAAACAGUGAAAAUGGGGAUGAAUUGGAUCUCUGUUCCACCAAAGAAGAUUAUGCUAGAAUAGCUGGAUUAGCAGAAUAUGUGCUCAAAGAUCAGCAGGAGAAGCAGGUGGAAGACACUUUUGCAGGGAACCUUAUUUUGGAUGAAAUAGCUGCCGAAAACACGGAGGUGCUUCCUGAGAUAAAGGUGCAGAAAUGUCACAAACGAACCUUCUUAGGCUCUGCAGAGAGUUGCUGUGAUGCUUCAGAACCCAAAUACAGGAAAAUUGUGGAAGUCCCUGCAGUGUCUGCAGGGAAUGGCAGUUUCCUAGCUAUGCCUCUCAACAGCCACCCAGCUAGCUCCACCUCACUAACUAACCAGCAUAUGUCCUUUUCUGUUCUUGCUACCGAUGCGUUGGAAAGGAGUUUCAUUAUUUCUGGAUCUUCAGCACCUCUGAUUCCAGAGUGUCUAUCUGUUGGCGUGAAAGGGAGCCAAGAGAAUACAGGUUUUGCAGAUCCUCCUCAGCAGAUACUUGGCUUUGUUCUUGGAAACGGCACAUCUGAUGUUCUAAUAUAUCCAGGUUUAGAAAUGCUCAAAGAAGUCCAAGUUCCCAUAAUUCCUUCUGAAGAACCUUUCAAAAGACCAAAGCCAGUGGAAGCUUUCUGUACAUCACUUAAGCAUUAUUUCCAAGAUGUCUGCAGAUCUGUGGCCAUGGAGCGUGAAGUAGCUCUUGAUCACCUGUUUAUUGAUGGGACACUUGUUCAAAGCCAAACUGAAACCAAGACUGGGAAGAAUAGCAUAAAAGCAAUGGAAAAGGAGCUGGUAACAUGCAGUCUGCAAGGGAAGGAAAAAGCAGGCCUUAAAAGAAGCCAAAUAUUUCAAAUCCCAGCAGGUAAAGAUUUAGAGACUAAAGUGAUUGUGGUGCUGGGAAAAGCAGGAAUGGGCAAAAGCAUUCUUGUUCAGAAGAUCUGCCAGGACUGGUCCAAUGGAGAGUUUUCUCAGUUUGAAUUUGUGUUUUGGUUUGACUGCAAACAAAUAAGCUUGCCUGAGAAGCAAUGCAGCCUGAAGGAUCUGCUGCUUGAAUUUUUUGUAAAACCUCAAGAGGGAAGCAAAGAGAUCUUUGAGUAUAUCUUGCAAAAUCCUGCUAAAGUCCUUCUGGUUUUUGAUGGUUUUGAAGAGUUGCAUGAUCAUGAGAAUUUUCUUCGUUGCUCAGCCAGCCAGCCUGAAAAAGACUUGUGCACUAUAAAGGAGCUGCUUUCAGGGCUCAUUCAAAAAAAGAUACUCAAUGGUUGUACUUUAUUACUUACAGCAAGACCAAAAGACAAGGUGUACCAGUGUGUGUCCAAAGUGGAUAAGACUAUUGAAAUAAUAGGAUUUUCCCCUCAGCAGAGAGAAUUGUAUGUAACCAAAUACUUUGAAGGAUUACCCUACUGUGAUAAUGCACUGAAAUUAAUCAAAGAGUGUGAGUACUUGUUCAGUCAUUGUUACAGCCCUCUUAUGUGUAGAUUUGUUUGUUUUCUCUGUGAGGCAGUACUUGAAAUGGGAGACAAGUGUCUUCCUUCAACUCUUACUACAGUCUUACUGAAAUUUCUUCAGCAGAAGAUAAUACCUAUGCAAACAGAUGUUGCAGCCAUGCAAAAUCAAGAAAGUCUUGCUACACUUGCCCGUAUAGCCUGGUAUCUUGGAGAAAAGCACCAAAGUGCUAUGAAAAGUGAUCUUCUCCCUUCUAAGGAAGUUAAAGAGUUUGCUCUGAAAUAUGGAUUUUUCCUGCCAUUUGCAUUCCCCAGACAUUCAGAUAGUAGAGAAGAGGCAUUUGGAAGCACAUUCGCUGAUUUUGUCAUUCAGAAUUUCUUGGGUGCACUUCACCUUAUGUUAGCAGAAGAGAUCAAGGAUAAAAGUCUAACAAAAUACCUGUCUUUUUCAUCCAAGAAGAAAAAGCCUUAUAAUUGGUUAGAUUUAGUGCCUCGAUUUUUGUCCGGAUUGUUGUUCCUCCAGGAUGACCCCUACUUCUGCUCCCUUUCAAAUAAGGUUGUAAAACAGUCAAUCAAGAAGCAGAAAACACUGUUGAAAUGUAUUAGAAGGCUGCAGAUAAAUGAGCUCUGUCCAGAGAGGUUACUCAAGCUCUUACAAUGUAUUUAUGAAACACAAAGCAGUUAUCUUUUGCAGCAUGUGGCCUUAAGGCUCAAGCCAGACCUGUCUUUUCUGGGUGUAGUUCUGACACCACCUGAUGUCCAUAUACUGCACUCUAUUUUAAAAAGGUCAAGGAAAGAGUUUUCCUUGGAUUUGCGAAACAGCAGCAUUGACAUGCAAGGACUGAAAGACUUGGUUGGUCUGAAGAAUGUGGCAUUGUUCAGGGCCUCCCUCAGUGAUACAGUCAGGCUCUGGAAGUCUUUAGAACAGGCAAAAGACUAUGAACUGCUGAGAGCAUCAACAGAGAAAUUUGUUCUUGAUCCCUUUAAGGCAAAGACAAUGAAGGACAUCAGUGACCUUUCAGACCUUGUGGGUAUGCAGAAGAAGAUGAUCAUUUGUGUGCAAGAUGCAUCUGGUUGCAGCAGCUAUGAAAUUCCUGCCAUCAAAAACCUCAGGAAACUAGAAUUUGCGCUGGGUCCAGUAUGUGGCCUUCGGGGAUUCUUAAAACUCGUGGAAAUUCUUGCAGCAUUUCCAUCACUUCAGCAUUUAGACCUUGAUGCUCUGAGUGAAAAUGGCAUAGGAGAUGAAGGAGCAAAGAGUCUAUCUGAAGCCUUUCCAACCCUGACAUCACUGGAAACAUUAAACUUAUCACAGAAUAAGAUAACUGAUGUGGGUGCUGAGAAGCUAGCUACAGCUCUUCCUUCCCUCUCUUCGUUAAAGACUCUAAGCUUAUACAACAACAGCAUUUGUGAUUUUGGAGCAGAAAAUCUUGCCAAAGUUCUUCCUGCGAUGGCAUCUUUGAGAGUGCUAGAAGUUCAGUAUAACAAAAUAACUGGUGCUGGAGCCCAGCAGCUGACUGACAGCCUGCAAAAAUGUCCCCAUAUAAAGAAAUUGGUGAUGUGGAAUCCCACCAUUCCCUAUGGAGUUCUUGAACACCUUCGGCAGCUGGACUCUAGGAUCAGCGUGUAGACUCAGAUGAUCAGAUGAUAAAGCAGGCACAGUAACAGCUCAGUAAAGAGGUGCUGCCCUAGAGUGAUACAGAUCAACAUCACAUCAGGUCCCUUUCUCUCCACUAACCUUGCACCCUCCCAUCUCGCUGGCACAAGCACUAGCAGAUUGCAAGAGCUGCAUC